AUGCUCAUUCACAGUGGUGAGCAUCCUUAUGAAUGCAAUGAAUGCAAUAAGACAUUCACACAAAAAAGGCAUCUAAAAACACACAUGCUCAUUCACAGUGGUCAGCGUCCCCAUGAGUGCAAUGUAUGCAAGAAGACAUUCACACAGUUAGGUGCUCUGAAAAGACACAUGCUCAAUCAUAGUGGUGAGCGUUGCCAUAAGUGCAGUAUAUGCAAUAAGGCUUUCAUACAUAUAAGUUAUCUGAAAGAUCACAUGCUCACUCACAGUGGUGAGCGCCCCCAUGAGUGCAGUAUAUGCAAGAAGACAUUCACAUAUUCAAGUACUCUGAAAACUCACAUGCGCAUUCACAGUGGUGAGCGUCCCUAUGAGUGCAGCAUAUGCAAGAAGACAUUCAUACAAAUAAAUCAUCUGAAAGAUCACAUGCUAAUACACAAUGAAGUACGUCCUCAUGAAUGCAAUACUUGUAAUAAGAAAUUCAAGCAAUUAAGAUCUCUGAAACAACACUUGCGGAUUCAUAAUGGAGAGACUCCUUAUAAAUGUGAAAUAUGCAUAAGGGAUUUAAUCAACCAGGCAAUUUGA